ACAAGAACAAAAAAAAUAUAUGACUCCAAAUGUAAUGCAUAAUCCUGAGCCUGCUUCUAGUACUAACAGGAACUAUGAACAAGUUGAUGACAUAACGAAAGAUACUAAUGAUUUAGGUGAUUGGCUUUAUGAUCAAUUCUUUAAAACAAUAGAGAACCAAGUAAUUAAUAAUACUGAUGAUAAAAAUAAUAUAUUAACAAGGCGCAGUGGAUCACAACUGUCAAUAGAAAAUCCUACAAAAAGUAAAAAGUGGCGUAAACAAAGAAAACCGAUGAAACAAAAAGGAAAUAGAGACCAGCUAAGAAGAAAAUUGCUUCGAAUAACAGAAAAUGACAGUUUGUUUGAUAUAUCUUCAAAAUCUAGCUCAGAUUCUAGUGAUUCAAGUUCUAGUUCUGACGUAUCGUCCAUGGAGUACGAAGUACAACAAAAGGAACAUCAUAAACAUGAUGAUGGUGAACACGGGCAUAAAAAGAUAGUUGUUAUAAACAAAAAGCCGAAACAACCAUUGCCUAGCUUCAUAUUUUUACCGAAUCUUGAGACACCAUUCUAUCCUCCGAUAGGUUUACCAGCACCACCAAUAGUACCCAUGUAUCCAAUUGUACCAGUCCCUCCUGUACCAUUAUGCCCAAUAACAGGUUGUGAUGACAAUAGAGGCAAUGGUAACAUUGCAACCAUCUCUUCUGCUCCAACUACUACUACUACUACUAGUACAGCAACUACUGCAGCUGCAGUAUCUUCGAAUGCUACUACUUCCGAACCAACAGUUACCAGUGUACAAUCAACAAGCCUAACUGAAACAUCAGAUACUGCAUCGACAGAUGCUGAACCGACAAUUGUCAAUGAUUCUACUUCUGAUAUUCCUAAAACAGACUCUAAAACGCUACGAUCAAAAAAUAAAAAGAGGAAGAAAGUUGCAAGACUAUUAAACAACGAAGGAAGAGGCACUAAUCACGGGAUGAAUAACUUGAAUCGCAUCGAUCGCCAGAAAAUAAUGCAAUAUCUCAAACAAAAACUACCUGCCGCUAGUUACUUCAAACCAUCAUGGAAUAAGAAAAUAUUUGCAAAGAAAAUCAUUAGUCGAAACAAAAACAUCGAAAACCCAAAUUUAGAUAGCAAUCUAUUUGAUAAUGAAUAUUUAAAUAAUGAAAUAAACCCUAACCCAGAACAGGGAGAUGAAACAUUUCAUGAUAAUGUAGACUUUAAAUAUAUAACUGAGCUUAUACAUCGCACAGAUCUUAAAAAUAAUUCGAAGGCUUUACCUCCUAUUGAGUAUAAUCCAAUGGAGAGCAUUGAUACGUAUCAAUCACCAAAUAUAAAUGAAAAUAGAUAUUCCGAUUACAGUGUUCCUUACGACGACGGCAGAACAAUAAACCGUCCCAUAUACCACAAACCAGAUGAAUCAUACUACGCUAGUUUAGGCAGACAAAUUGCCACAAUGAUACGAAGCUCAGAUAAUCCUGAAAACGUAGAUAAAGAAGGAACACGUGAUAACACAAAGAAUGACUUAUAUUUGAAUGACUCGCCUACAUCAUUUUGGGAACGUUCUGUGCGAUCUCCGCUUGCUAUUAUAAAAAACAAAAACAAAGAAUAUGAAUACUUGAAAAAAAGUAAUGAAGAACUGCUUUUCGAUAUUGAAAACAAAGUUGAAAUAAUAGCUUCUACUGCGCCGACUUUAACCUUACUAGAAAUAGAAAAUAUCGUCAAUGUUAUGGAAGCAGCUAAAAGGGAUAUUCAACGUAAUAAUAAAAAUAUUGUAAAGAAUUCCAUUAUAUCUAAUAAAAAUCUUAACAUUGAUUUAUGGCCACCGAAAACACAGAAUUCAAAGAACAGUUAUAAGAAAUCUAAUUUGCCGUAUUCAAAUAAAGUCAAGCUAGAGCAUAAACUUAGUAACUUAAAAAUUAACAACAAUUUUCCAAGUGUUCAAUUGCACAGCAUUCAAAAAAUUGUAGCUUGGAAUAAUGGAAAUUUAAAACAAAUAAACCAAACCAAUUACAACCCCUCAACCUCUAAAUCUUCAAUAGACGACAAUAAUUUUAAAACAACUCAGACUAAUUAUAAUUUAGGAAAUCCAAACACAAUUAAUCACUCUCCAGCAAGAAGAAUUCCUUUCUUUCAAAAUACUGUUAAACAGACGUUUUCACAGAAAAAUCCGUAUAUUUUGAGUCAUAGAAAGUAUUUCCAAGACAAUUACAAUUAUUAUGUGAAUCAAAAAGAAGAUCUCCCACAUUUACCACCGGUUGCAAGAAUUGCCAUGAAGCCGUCAUAUUUUCCUGAUAUAAGUCAAUUUGCUUACCUCUGAUAAUUCAAUUGCUUUAAAUGUACCUACAUAUUGAAUUGAAACAAUCUAGAAUUUAUAUCCCACAAGAUCGUUUUUAUUGUGGUCCACUAUUUUUAUUGUUAAAAAUAUGUAUAUUUAAUAUUUUAUAUAUUAUAUUAUUCGGCUCUCUAAAUAAAUCUAGCUCUAUACAAUCUAUACAUUAUAAAGAUUCUAUAGAGCUAGAUUCUAAAACAAAUAAAAAUAGU